AUGGCAGUUCCGGCUCUUUUACAGCCGAUUAUUGCUUUAAUAAAGCUGUUACAAGGUGAAAAUUCAAGCACUCAAGAAAAUGUGUCUAAAAUCGAGCAAGUGAUCCAAACACCCGAAGGGAAGGAGCUUGUUCCUCUGAAUGAACGGCUCCUUUUACGUGGGGGUUCUGAUGAAACGAAGUCAAUUAUCAUGAAAGAAAUUGCUGAUAUUUAUAUUAAACUUUCUGAAAGAAUUGAGCCAAUGAUGGAUUGGCACCAUACUGUUGGCUACCGAAGAGAUGCAGAAGCUUAUUACCAAAGUGCUUUAAAAGUUAAUCAACAAAAUAAAGAAGCGUUAUUGGGUGAAGCGCGCUGCAAAUUAGAGUUAGGUAAAUACAAACAAGCCAUCGACUUGUUGGAAAAAAAUCAGGACAUAUUAAAAGGAAUUCCUGACUAUUGGGUCAUCCAAGGAAAUGCUUGGUACAGACGUCUUGAGCUGGAUUACCAAAAGGCUCAUGCUUGUGGCGAAUUUGCAAGAAAAUUAGAUCCACUUAGUAAGGAAGCAGCUAAACUAGAAAAAAUUGCUGGAAAGUUGAAAGAAUAUACUUUAAAUCAACAGAUUUAUAACUAUCAAGAACCUCUUUUAGGGGAAUCGGUCUUCGGAACCAAAUAUGAAGAGCGUAUUCAUACGAGUCCAACUUAUAAUAUUCUUUCUAUUGAUGGUGGUGGGGUGCGCGGUGCCAUUCCAAUGUUAUGUCUCGCUGAAUUAGAGCAUCGCACCCGUAAACCUAUUGCGAAGUUAUUUCAAACUAUUGCGGGAACAUCAAUAGGAGGUAUUAUUGCAGCAGCUCUGGCAACACCCGCACCCAUUUAUUCUGGUAAUACUCGGAAGCCUUAUUGGACAGCUAAAGCGCUGUUAGAAGAGUCAAUGAAAGUUAAAAUAUUCGUGGAUAAAAAAUUAUGGGCUCCAUAUUGGGCUCCAUAUUAUUCAUCAAAAGGUCGCGAAGCUCUAUGUAACAAACUGUUUGAUAGUAAUUCUUUAAAAGAUACCUUAACAGAUAUUAUCAUUCCAGUGACAUAUGAUGAAAUUGGGUUAGUAUCAUAUUAUUUUACUAGCGCUAAGGCACGUUGGGAUCCUUUGCAAGAUAUUUCUUUGUUUGAUGUAGGAAUGGCGACUUCAGCAGCGCCUACUUACUUUCAGCCUCAUGAAAUAAAAAGAAAAGAACGUAUUCAAAAGAAAGGUAAAUUUGUAGAUGGUGGGAUACAUUGUAAUAAUCCUGCACAGUUGGCUUAUUCUGAAGUAUCUUACAUAAAAGAAGUGAAAAAAAUUUCAGUGCUGUCAUUGGGGACAGGUAAAUCUGUGGGAGACCCUAUUUUAACUGAAAGGCAAGGUUUGUGGUUUUGGGCAAGGAAUUUCCCAACUAUAGCUUUACAUGCGCAAGAAAGUCAAGUAGAUCAAGCUAUGUGGGAGAGACUAG